CAAAAGCGAAAUGAGUGAAGUAGACGCACCAAAUAGCUCCGACCACUUCUCGCAGGAACAUGGCCGAGAUAAUAGGCAUACUGACGAAAGGCAUGAUGAGAGAGACGAUAAUCGCCAUCAUGAAGAUCGUCAUGAAGAAAGAGAUCGUACACAAAGUCGCUCUCGUUCUAGGUCUCCUCGCAGGUCUCGUUCCCCUAGGGAUAGAAGUGCUGGAGACAGACAUAACAGUGAAGAAGAUGGUUUGAACCCUGGGAACAAUCUGUUUGUUACCGGGUUGUCAACUCGAACAAAUGAUCGUGAUUUAGAAGCAUUAUUCGCAAAGUAUGGCAAGGUUAUAAAAGCUCAAAUUAUGUAUGACCCUCAUACUCGUGAGUCGCGCGGGUUUGGAUUUGUAACAAUGGAAACGACAGACGAGGCAGAUGCGGCAAGAGAAGGUAUUAAUGGUAAAGAAAUCAAUGGUCGUCUCGUGACCGUGGAAAAGGCCCGUCGUUCUCGAGCCAGGACUCCAACUCCUGGUCGGUACUAUGGACCACCUAAACGUAGAGAACCCCGUCGAGUUGAUAGGUUCGAUCCUAGAUAUGAUUAUAGCAGACAUUAUGAUCGCUAUGAGAGACCACCAAGAGGUUAUGGGCGCGAUCCAUAUUAUGACCGUGCUUAUGAUCGAUCUUAUUAUGACCGGGGAUAUGAGAGAGGUUAUGACCGUGCCUAUGAUAGAGCUUAUGAUAGAGCUUAUGAUCGAGAUCGUCGACCUCCGCCACCGGCCCGCUAUGAACCUUAUCCUCGACCUCGUUCACCUUAUUAA